CUUUAUUCCUGAGUUGGUCAGUGGGACUUGAUCAUUGAACUUGAAGCCCCGAAUCGUAUAAUGUUUUUAUUAUAUCGUUGUUAACAACAUUAAAAAAGGAACUCUGAGGAAGAGAUACCGACAAGCAUAUAUCUACAUCAUACUUGCACAUUUGCCUUGCAAAAAAAUUUGAUCAGUUCGCUAUCAACGAACUUAAGAAGAAUACCAAUUUGAUAUUUACGCAAGUUGACGGAAUAGACGCGGAUUCUACGUGUGCAACGCUUGCACGACUAGCGAUUGAACAUGCUUUAAUCUUACCUCUUUCGUGGGAAUUGUGUACACGAUUGGGAUUGCUGGUAACUCGUGAAUUUCAGUAAAGAAUAAUAGAAAAAAAAAAAACAAAAUGCUUCCGCCAACAUACGUCGAGGGAUUCCAUGACUUGGAAGCGGUUAACAAGAUGGAAUACAGACCCCUUGGAAACACGGGACUGUUGGUCAGCAAGCUAUCUUUCGGUGGCGGUGCGCUCGGCUGUCAUUACGGUAAAUACAAUGAAGAAGAAGCUAUAGCGGCGGUGAGGGAGGCUUUUAGGAAAGGUGUAAACUACAUCGAUACUGCACCAUGGUACGGUCAGGGUCAAUCCGAGAGAGUGAUUGGCAAGGCUCUGAAAGGGAUUCCGCGGCAAGCCUAUUACGUGGCAACCAAAGUGGGAAGAUACGAACUAGACUAUGAGAAGAUGUUCGACUUCUCUAUCGAGAAAACCAGGAAAAGUUUUCACAAAAGCCUAGAGCUACUCGGGGUGGAUUACGUCGAUGUGAUUCAAGUACACGACAUUGAGUUCGCACCGUCGCUGGAUAUCGUUCUGUCGCAAACUUUACCAGAACUUUCUAGACAAGUAGCGGACGGAAAGGCGAAAUACAUCGGGAUUACCGGGUACCCGGUUUCGAUCCUGAAGGAAUGCAUCGAGAAAAGCAACAUCAAAAUACAGUGUAUACUGAGCUAUGCGCGACUAACUAUGAUCGACGAUACUCUUCUGAGUUACAUACCCUUCUUCAAGGAACGCAACAUCGGAAUAAUCAAUGCCGCCGCCCCAGCUUUGGGUUUACUGACAAGCCAAGGUCCACCCGAUUGGCACCCAGCUUCGGAGGAUACUAAGAAAAUCUGCUCAGAGGCCGCAGAAUAUUGCAAAGGCCACAACGUCGAAUUGGGUAAACUCGCGGUCUGGUAUUCUAUGCAGUACGAGGAUGUAACCACACACUUAAUCGGCAUGCAAAGUCUAAAACUUGUGCACUCGAAUGUUGAUGUUAUGAUAAACGGUAUAACGAAAAGUGAAAAACAAGUUUUAUCUGCGAUAAAGGAUAAAUACCUUUCGAAAUUGAAAGUGAAGCAUUGGGAAGGAUUCGAAAUAGACAAUUACUGGAAGGCGAUGAAAAAGUAGAAAAAUAUAUUGCUUCAAGUAUGGGCACGUUGGUUAUCGACACAUAAAGGCUCUGUAUACAAGACUGGUAACGCGGAAUCAUUAUUGUCGGCCUUAAACUAUGUAUUUUUACAUCAAUGAAUGUACAUUGUUAUUACGUAUGAAAAUGUAAAAAUGUAACUAUACGCCUUAGUCGCCAAUAACUGACACGGUUUCCUCACAAGAUCAAAGCGGUUGAAAACCAUGAGAAUACUGUGAUCACAAACUAGCUGUAACUAAUAGCUCAAUAUAUAUGCCCUCGUACAACUACACGAUUGUAAGAGAUUCAUUAGGGACGAAAAUAUAAUACCCAUGUUAUAAA